GCAAACAGGUAUUUGAGAAUUUCCACAUCAAUACACAGAGGUGCCUGAUGUGGCAGGAGCCACAAACACCUUUCUGCAGAAGCCAGGGCGGGCAGAUCAGAAGUUUGCCCGUGGGACAGGGGACACAGGAUCUGAUCUGAGAUAGGAGCCCCGAGCUGCUGGCGCAGACGCUUCCUGCCGGGUUGGCAACUUCCUCCCUCUUGCACAAAGUUCUACGUGAAAAGAGCCAUUUUCCCCAGCCUGACUCUGAGCACACACAGCCCUCCCGAGCCUCCAAACAACAAAGGCAGACGCUGCCUGCUUCAGAGAAGAUAAAUGUGCAGCAGAGGACCCUUGUAAAGAGGCUGGAGGGAAAUGGCCAGACACCAGGUGAUGCUGGCUGUGUUCUGUGGGGAGAUCUGGAGUUCCCUGUCUGCAGCAGCACCUCAGCACGCUGCCAGGACUGAAAGCCACAUGUGCCCCAGUGCCACGAGCCCCAGGGCAGACAGCCUCCUCCUGCACCACCUGCAAGCGACUGUGCCCAGCCUAGAGCAGGCUGCCACAGAGCCCCAGGCCUUCCCAGGGGAGGAGGAGGCUGGGGAUGGCAGCUGGGUGGCAGCGCUGAUCCUCGGCAGCAUUCUGAUUGGGAUGGCGCUGGCCAUUACGGUGAUUCUCCUGUGGAAAUGCUGCCUGAGGCCUCCUCAGGCCCAGUCCCACUGGGCAGGCCGCUCCCCCUUCGCCGAUGGGGACACCUCAGACCUCUGCAUGGAGCCUGACCCCGGCACCAAGCGCUCUUCUGUCCUAUUUAUGCUGCCUUGGAGACUGAAACAAGGCACAAACUUGCAGGAGGACCCGACUGUCUCAGAGAACCCACCCCAGCACACUUGCAGUGCCGAGAACGGGCAGCCGCCUCCGCCGGCCGCGGGCUGCUCCGGAGCCAGCUCUGCCCCCGCCCCAGAGCAGGAGCCAGCCAACACUGCAGCUGAGUGCUGCCCUCCCCCAGACCCUCCACCCGAGUGCUCCGACCUGCCACCACCCCCCGACUGGCUCAGGGAACCCGCUGAGGAGCCCAGCUCAGACCCCAGCAAGCACUCGGCACUUCACUUGGAAGCAGAGGAACCACAGCCCUCACCACCUGAGCCACUGAUCCAGGAGAUCCAUGAAACACUGCCCCAGCCUGAACACCCUUUGUAGACUGCCAAAUUCAUUUCCAGAAUACUCUAUAUCUUUCUUAAACUGAGUAAUUUUCAAUAAAGUAAAAAAGGAGAAGUUGACACAGGCAAGAACGGUGAGGCCCCAGCAUUUCCUUCACAUUUCCGUGGUGUUUCCCAACUUCGGCUUUCACAAGAGAGAACAACCUGCUUCUGCCUGAAGCAAAUUUCUGACUACAAAACAAAUUGUGCCCAGUCAUCACCUGCAACCAGAGAUUCCAGAAGGCAGAGUACACAGCUGUGUGUGCCAGCACAGCCAGACACAGGUAACACACGCGUGGAGAUGUCACAGACAGCCCAGCGUCAGAGGGACUCAGCUUUGCACCUGGGUUUGCUCCCCUGGGCUGUGCAAGUGAAUGCAAUCACUUCCAGGACAUUUCAAUAAAGCUUUCUCAGUCAAA